UUAGACUCAGUGGCCCGCCCACUAUUCUCUCUCUCAAACUCAUCUGAAACCCUAAACCUAAAUCUCUUUCAUAUUAUAAAAUUUUCACGCUCUCACUCUGUCUCUCUAAACGGCACGGUAGCAACCACAGUAGGAAGCCAGCCACCACCCCAUCCAAGACCAUUGUUCUUCUCUCCUCUCAAUGACAAGGCAGCUGGGUCAAAACUUCUUCACGACCAGGUGAUAUCCCCCACCACCACACCACGGCAGGCUUUAUCUCGAUUUGUUUCCUGAAAGUUGGAGGCUUGGAGUUGUGCUGCUAUUUAUUAAGUAAAUUUUCAACUAAAUUUUGAACGAAAUCAUCUCUGAGAACCCACACCCGGGAACUCAAACUCUCUCCGUGCUUUGGAUCAUCAAUGGCGGGAGGUAAGGCGAGGAAGGAGAAGGCGAGGCCAAAUGCGGCGGCGCACGCACCUUACCAAGGCGGCAUAUCAUUCCACAAGUCCAAAGGGCAGCAUAUUCUUAAGAACCCCAUGCUUGUUGACUCCAUAGUUCAAAAAUCUGGGAUUAAGAGCAGUGAUAUUAUUCUUGAAAUUGGUCCUGGUACUGGAAAUUUAACCAAGAAGCUUUUAGAAGCUGGAAAGAUGGUCAUUGCAGUGGAGGUUGACCCUCGUAUGGUUCUCGAGUUGCAGAGACGAUUCCAGGGUACACCUCUUUCGAAUCGCCUGAAGGUUAUUCAAGGAGAUGUGCUGAAAACUGAGCUACCUUAUUUUGAUAUAUGUGUGGCCAACAUUCCUUACCAAAUCUCAUCUCCCCUUACCUUCAAGUUAUUAAACCACCAACCCGCAUUCAGGUGCGCAAUCAUCAUGUUUCAGAGGGAGUUUGCAAUGAGGCUGGUUGCUCAGCCUGGGGACAAGCUAUAUUGUCGUCUCACUGUCAACACCCAACUCUUAUCUCGAGUCUCCCAUCUCCUCAAAGUUGGGAAGAACAACUUCCGCCCUCCCCCAAAAGUGGAUUCCUCUGUGGUUAGAAUUGAGCCAAGGAAGCCACGCAUUGAAGUGAAACAAAAGGAAUGGGAUGGAUUUCUGCGUAUUUGUUUUAACCGAAAGAACAAAACGCUCGGCUCAAUCUUUAGGCAGAAGAGUGUUAUUAACUUACUCGAGAAGAACUACAAGACUGUACAAGCACUUAAGCUCCCAGGACAGAGUACCAUGGAAGAUACUGAUAAUCAUAUUGACUUUUCGAAACUCGGGGAGGCCAAUGAAGAUUUAAGUAUGGAUUUGGAUGAUGAUGCUGACGAUGAUGAUUUUGAUGGAGCUGAUGAAGAAAUGGAAGUGGAGGAUGGUAAUGUAGGAGGGGAGACGUCUGAGUUCAAAGCCAAGGUAUUGGCAGUGUUGAAGGAGGGAGACUUUGAGGAGAAGAGAUCGUCGAAGCUGACAUUGCAGGAAUUCUUGUACUUGCUCUCCUUGUUUAACAAGGCUGGCAUACACUUCUCCUGAUUCUGAAUCUAAAUUAUAACCAAUUUUGCAAAGAUUCAAAGCUUUAGAUUUCUCUUAUUUUAUUAUUUUGUAUAAGCUUUUCUCGCACAAUGUAAUAUGCUAAAUCAUUCUUGUUGCUCAGUGAGUUGAAUGAGCACGUACGCUAACAAUAUAUGUUUUCUUCUUCAUGGCUA